GAGAAAAACGAGAGAGAGGAUGAAGAUUGAAGGGCACUUUACCACUUUUAUAUGUUGCACGCAUCCAGAGCAGAAAACAAAAGGAAGACCCAGUACUACAACAAAGACCUAAGAAGAAGAAGAAAAGAAGAAGAAGAAGAAGAAAACUCUACAAAGUUAGCCAAAGAAAAACAACAAGGAAAAAGAUUGUACCAAAAAUGGGUAUGGAGGUACCCGACAGAUUAUGGAGUAAAAAGAGACUCUGAGUUGGGUUUUUAUUGGCUUUAAUUUUGCAUCUAUAUUUAACCCUUCAGCCUUUUUUUUUUUUUAUAUUUAAUCUUGUUAUUGAGUAAUUUACUCCAGACUCUCCUUAUUUCUUUUUUUUUUUUUUUUUUUUCCUUCCUUCUUGUAAAUUGUAACCUGGUGUGGGUGGUUUCAUUCAUUUUGUGGAGCUGGAGAGUUUUGGGUUCCUGAGUUUGUGGAUAUUUUGUUCUUUUUGGUUUUCUUAGAUGAAGGCCAUGCCCCUACCCUUUGAGGAAUUUCAAGGGAAGGGGGUGUUGGAUUUCUCUUCGUCUUCCUCAUCUUCUUGUUCAGAUUCAUCCCUGUUACCACACCAUACCCAACAACUGCAACAUAACUGGCAAAACAACAAAGAAGAAGGUAGCUGCUAUGUGGGCAGUACUGAGCCGACGUCUGUGCUUGAUUCCGGGAGAAGCCCAAGUCCACUAACCUCUUCCUCCACACUGUCUUCCUCUCACGGCGGUGGUGGCAGCGGCGGUGCCUCCACCGACACCACCGCUGUGGCGGGUUCAGUCUCCGGCAACCCCUCGGUAGACGCGGGAACAGAAAAAUGCGGCCUAGGGAUGGAGGAUUGGGAGAGUGUCUUGUCCGGGUCGCCUAGCCAAGAACAAUCCAUUUUAAGGUUUAUAAUGGGCGAUAUUGAAGACCCUUCCGUGGGAUUGAACAAGAUUUUGCAGCCUGCGAGUGGGUCUCAGGAUUUGGAAUUCAAUGCAGGAUUUGGUGUUGUAGAUCAAGGUGUGAUUGGAUUUGAAGCUCCGUUGAGUUGUACCAGUAAUCUGGCUACCAACAUUGACACUUCCCUAUCUUGUUCUACCCUUCCUGUUGGUAAUCUUGAUGUUCAAAACCAGUCUGCUGCCAGGUUUGCUUCUAUUUCAACCUCAAAUUCUGUCUUGUCAUCCUCGAUUAGCAACCUUUUGCCUGUAUCUCUACCUCAGAGCGUCUUUCAACAGCCGAUUGAGACGUUGGAUGAGAAGCCGCAGAUUUUUAAUUCCCAGAUGUUACUAAAUCAGAAUCAAGCUCACUUCACGCAGAACCCAGCUAUGUUUCUGCCAUUAUCGUACGCUCAAUUACAGGAGCAUUAUCCUUUGUCACCCCCACCACCAAAGCGGCUUCAUUCUGCUUCAAUUGGAUCCAACUAUCACCAUCUUGCAAAGGGUUCCUUUCCGGAUUCAGGGCAGCUUCAGUUGCUUCAACAGAGACCAACCACUGCAACAGCGAAACCCAGAAUGCUCAGCGACGAAUUGGCAAGCCAGCAGCUUCAACAAGCUAUAAUCGACCAGCUAUUCAAGGCCGCAGAGCUGAUCGAAACCGGUAACCCGGUACUCGCGCAUGGGAUAUUGGCGCGGCUCAAUCACCAGCUCUCCCCUGUAGGUAAGCCUUUUCAAAGGGCUGCUUGCUAUUUCAAGGAGGCCUUGCAGUUACUUAUUCACAUGAACACUGCAAAUUCACCGGCUUUGUCCUCGUAUAGUCUCAUAUUCAAAAUCGGCGCCUACAAAUCUUUCUCUGAGAUCUCCCCAGUUGUUCAAUUCGCUAACUUUACGUGUAAUCAAGCACUGCUAGAAGCUUUUGAAGGGUUUGAUAAGAUCCACAUUAUAGAUUUUGAUAUUGGGUAUGGUGGGCAAUGGGCUUCUCUGAUGCAGGAACUUGUAUUGAGAAAUGGGGGUGCCCCAUCUUUGAAAAUCACUGCCUUUGCUUCUCCAUCAGCGCAUGAGGAGCUGGAGCUUGGUUUUACUCAAGAAAAUCUCAAAAGAUUUGCUACUGAAAUCAACAUGGCGUUUGAUAUUGAAAUUCUGAGACUUGAGUCCUUGACUCCUGCUUCUUGGCCUCUGCCUCUCCAUGUAUCAGAAGGGGAGAUAAUUGCAGUGAAUCUCCCAAUUGCAUCAUUUUGCAAUUACCCAUCUUCCCUUCCAUUAGUCCUCCGCUUCAUCAAGCACCUUCCCCCCAAAAUUAUGGUCACUCUAGACAGAGGGUGUGAUCGGACUGAUGUCCCUUUUCCUCACCACAUCAUUCAUGCCCUGCAAUCCUACUGGGGCCUGCUUGAAUCGCUGGAUGCUGUGAAUAUGAACCUCGAUGCCCUGCAAAAGAUCGAGCGCUUUUUGGUCCAACCGGGGAUCGAGAAGAUCGUGUUAGGUCGCCACCGUUGCCUGGAAAGAACUCCUUCAUGGAGGAGUCUGUUUAUUCAAUCUGGGUUCUCACCAUUGACAUUCAGUAACUUCACAGAAUCACAAGCUGAAUGUUUGGUGCAGCGAACACCCAUCCGAGGGUUUCAUAUCGAGAAGAAACAGGCUUCCCUGGUUCUUUGUUGGCAGCGAAAAGAGCUCAUCUCAGCUUCAGCUUGGAGAUGCUGACGAGGAGAGGAUUGAUUGAAGGUUCUUGCCUGAUAACAUAUAUACUCUCUGCUCUAGUUUCGGUUAUUAAUUGUUUCUUUUUUGGUCUGGUUAAAUAUGUUAUGCUAAUUUCCCAGUUAUGUCGUUUUAGGCUUAUUGUUUCCAAUCAAGAAACUGAACAUUUUAAAAACUUGAUGGCUCUGUACAGUUUUAUUAUCUAUUUUCAAGUGGGUCGAUAACUUGGGAUGUUCAUGAUGCUUUUCCUGUUUAAGGCGGGGAUUAAUCGUUUGUUGUAUACUUACAACAAGAUAUGAAAACACAGAAAAUUAGGGA